CAAAAUUGUCUUCUUAUUGGUUUUCUUCUUUUUAUUUUAAAUAUAUAAAAUUAAAAUAUACUUUUAUAUAUAAUAACGAUGCUCUUAAGUCCGUUAUAUUUGCUGUGUGACAUUUAUCAACAGUACGAGAUUUAUCCUACUAUGAAAAACCUUAAAUAAAAGAAUUAAUCCAGCUUUCGAUAUAUACAUGCAUUCUUUAACAAAGUAUAUAUUUUCACAAAGUGUUAAGAAUUUUAACAUGUACACGUCUAGAGGGCAAGCUUCAACCACCGAUUCAGGCGGCCUAGACGAUGUUCCGGUCGAGGUUACUCUAGGAUAUUGCUGCGCUACCUACUUCUGUACCAUUAUUUUCAUACUCGUUAUCACUCUUAUCUCUGGAGGUAUGGUCCUUUUCGAUCAUCUUGUCCUAGGCAAAUCUGCUUGUUACAUAGAGCUCUUUGCUCACUCCGUCUCCGUCUCAAACGUCACAAACGCAGCAAACGUUUCAACCGCUGAUUGGAGAACCGGUUUGGUUGCGAAGAGUCCAGUCACCAGAUGUAAACUCUCUCUCCAUACAGUCACGUCGCGUCUCCUUCGUGGCGACGAGGUUAUCUCCCAGGUAUCUCCGUCGCUGGAUGAUUUUGGGAGACUUGUUACCACCGAGAAGAAUGAUGAGCCGGUAACAAUUGUCGACUUCAAACAUGCGGUGACGUCGGGAGUUAACGGCAGCGUGGUUUGGGAUUAUCGUGUGGAGAGUGUCGUAGGGUUGAAGGCGGAAUUUGCACAUGGGUUCUUGUCGGUGAUUUGCAGCGGUAUUCCGGUGAAGUUUACUACGGAUGCGGCGGGGAACGUGUUUGGUUCGUUGCUCGGAGGUAUGCGACGAUGUGGAUAUUCACUCCGAGAUAACUUGAAUUCAGUUUAGAUAUUGAGUCUCUCCGCGAUUUUUGAUAUAGUUAUUGGCAUUACGUUAGUUUAUUUUCUUUAUUUGUAUUUUUAGUUUUUUUUUUUUGAUAAAAAAUUUUGUAUUUUUAGUUUCUAAUUAAAAACGUUUUUAAUUAAAUAAAAUGGGAUUUAUAUCUGAAAUCAUGUCAAGCUUUCAAAGUCCCAGUGUCUCUUUUGCUUACUCAUACCUAGGACUGGGCACAAAUACUUGUUACUUGCCUUAUACCCGCUACUUGACCCGUACUCGUUUCGUUUUUGUUUUUUCAAGUACUCGUCGUUGCCAAGUCAAGUUAACAAGUUGAAUUUUGCUACUUGCAAUUACAAGGCAAUUAACAAGUAUCACAAAAAAAAUUGCGACUUGCCUUGAUAUUACUUGUUACUUGUUUUAUGUCUAAAGUUUGUUUUAGGUACAAAUAUUUUAUUUAAAAUAAUUCUCGUGUUUUUACCAAGUCAAGUAAAUAAAACAAACUUUCAUAACUUUCUCUCGUAAAA